GACGAAAUACCACCUACGGAGGCCAUUGUUCCAGGUUCUGGUACUAGAUGACUGUGUCAAAUCAAUCUGAUUCACGAUCAAAAUAGAACGAAAUAGAUCAAUGCAAUGUCUCGCACGACGACCACCGAGCAUCAAAGCUCUUCUGAACAUCAAUAUUAACAGCCUCCAUGUCUGUCGCCAUCAACGUCAUCAAUUCAGUACUUCCCGCCAACUACUUCAGCAACUGAGACAAGUCCCAUUUCUACCAUCGUGGACACAAGAUGUCUUUGAAAGAGAAGCCUACAUCCCUUCCACACCGGCUCGAUUACCUCGUUCUGCUGAACACAUCCCACCAGCAUGUUUGAAAUGGUUCAUUCACGACAACGACCCUGACUUUGUAUUGACGACGUCGACGUCGAAAGCGACAAGCCAUGACGGUGGUACCGGUGUCGACGAAAUCGUCCACCAUCCAACGUCAUCAGAACUCCGGACGUCGUUCUGGUCCGACUAUGAAUCCACCGUCGUCCCGCUGGAAAUCACGUCCAAGAAUGACCAAAAAGGCAGAGACGAAAACGAAGAGACUUUUGAUCGAAUCGAGGCUCCGUUGAAGGUUCUGUUGGCUCAUCUCUCCCGUCCGACCAGUACAAAGUCCCAAACCCAACAACCAGACCAUGAUGGACGUUCAAUGUCCAUAUACCUCGCCCAGUGUGACUUGACUUCCUUACCUCCAUCUGUGGCCGGAGAUAUUCCAACACCUUUACCUUUGAUCAACCCCAACGGGAGCAGUAGAUCCAGUUCAAACUCCACCUCAAGUCGACCCUCUUCAUCAACCCCCGGGAGAAGCCAUGAUCCCAAGAGGACCAGCAAAGGUAUCAUCAAAGGCGACAUUUACGCCUCGUCACUCUGGCUAGGUCGCCCACCCACCUAUACGCCACUACACCGCGACCCGAACCCGAACCUGUUUGUCCAACUCGCGGGUCGCAAAGUCAUCCGCCUCCUCCCUCCCGAAGUGGGCGGCGCUCUCUUCGAAGACGUCCAACAUGGGAUCUCCCACUCACGGCGCCCCCACGUUCAAAGCUCGUCGUCGACCAUAAGGGGGGAAGAGAUGAUGGUGGGACCGGAGAAAAGGGCGUUACACGACGCCAUCUGGUCAGAAGGUAGUCAAUACAGCGAUAUCAUCCCUGCGUACGGACUCGAGACAGAGGUCAAAAUGGGUGACGCUCUCUUCAUUCCCAAGGGUUGGUGGCACAGCGUCAAGGGCAUCGGUCAGGGGGUGACGGCGAGUGCAAAUUGGUGGUUUCGAUGAAAACAAAUCCCCAUCAUUGUAUUGUACUCGAACGGUGUAUAUAUUUCAUAAUUCAACAGGUCCUUGGACUAGACUUUAGACCACAUGUACAUACUCCGUACUCAUACUCCAUACACCAUGAAU